AUACAAAUAAAUUGGAGCCACAAAAACAUUAUGCCUUCACUUAGAUCAGUAUGCAAACAUGAGUGCAGAUGGUGAAUUUAGUUCUGAGUUCUGAUGAUUCUGAUAACAAUAACAUCGUAAUCCUCAUUCAUCAAUUACUCAAUUAGUGUUACGUAAAUUUCUUUUUCACGAUGGAUUCCUACGGAGACGAUUUGACGCUUAUUGUGCAGCGAAUGGGAUCUUUCCAUCUGAAAUGGAUUGAAUUAAAUAAAACCUGCAAAAUGCUACAAUCAUCUCUUGCCGAAGCGAAUUCCAAAAACGACGAACUAGAGAUGAAGUUGGCUCAAUCCAAAGAAGAGACAAAGAAAAUCAAGGAAGACAACAAAAGAUUGGUUGUGAUUGUGAAAAAAAUGGAACGAAAGUUGCGAACUGGUUCUGUACACAAAUUAAUCAACGUAAUGAAGCAGACAAUCCGCAAAUACGAUGAAAAAGUUUUACCCGGCGUCUCAGAACUUACUAGAGAUUUUAUCGAUACUAACGAAGAGUUGAGUAUUUCUAGCAGCGAUGAUGAAAGUGAUUCGUUGUCAUUCUCUUUGGCCAUGCACAACUAUUCCAAGGCACUUUCGUAUUCUACUAAUGAUAAUCGUUCAAAAUCUACUGAAAGCUGCGCCGAUUUGCAAUCGGUUCAAGAUACACAUUCGAAGGUUAUCACCGCAUUGAAUAAUUGCUCUAGCGAAACAGUUUCGGAAAAUACUCCUGUAUCGGAAUCAUUAUCUAGGCAAUCGACGCUGAAUCCAGCACCUUCAGUAAAUAACGACCAAUCGAAUGAUGGAAAUAUUCAACAUGAAGCUAUUAUCGAUACUAGAUGUGAUUCUAGAAUCAGCUCUUCGUCUGUUAUACUUCCAUCGAAUAAUGUGGAGAAACCCGAAGAGACUUCGGUAUCUAUACAAACACCGAACCCAGAUCAAUGUAUUUCUUCAACAUCAUCAUCAUUACAAAAUAAUGUUUCUUCUACGCACGACGUAUUAGCACAAAAAUCACCGAUACGUCUCCAGUCAGGUUUUGUCGUUGUAUGUAAUAUCGAAACUUUAUGCGUCGAAGAACAAAAUGCUGAAGACAACGAGCCCUCUUCAGUAUUACUAAACUUAUUGAAAGGUACUUCUUCAAAUGUAAAUGAUAAAUCUUCGUCGAAUCAUGAUAUAGAAAAUAUUGAAAUCACCGAUCAAGGAAACAGUAAAAAGAAACCGAACGAUACCGUACUACCUGUAAUGGUUGUGGAAACUGAUUCGAAAGAUGGUUACGAUUCUUCGAGUGACAUAGUCGAACUGCAGCCAAGUGCAUCUGAAACGAACCAAGUGCAGACAUUGAAACGUCCCUGUCCUUCUCCAUCAAGUGUUGAUGAAUCUGCCCCAAAACGUUCUACAAUUUAUCAUUCGUCACCAUCUGCGAAUUCAUCGAGUUUGAAACCUAUAAAAUGUUUAAUUUGCGAGUACGAAAAUCUAGACGAUAGUAAAACUUACGCUACUUAUAUUUUUCUUGACGAUCACAUCAUCGAAAAGCAUUCCUGUCCAUUUCCGCCGUAUAAACGCUGCCUAUUUAAUACUGAUCAGGGUCAAUGUAGGAGACACUUUCAUCCGAAACAAAAUUACCAUAAACAUGUAAAACGAGCUCAUUCUAACCAAGAUCUAAAUCCGAAUUUAAAAAAAAGACUGAUCAGGUGUGCGGAUUGUACUAAACUGCACCUGUUCGAAAGCGAUUUUAAAGAGCAUCGUGCUCGGUUUCACGAUAAAACCUCAAACAAGAAUAAGCCCAACUCGAGUUCUUUGGCUACAUUACGUAACGUGAGUGUUAAAAAAUCAAAAUCGAAGGAAAAAUCAGAAAUAUUUGUUCGUCCUGCGGCUCCUCAAAUGACUAGAGAAUGCGAAGUUUGUAAGAAAGAUAAUCGUCCAUCUGCUCAGUACAAAUUAUACGAUGAACUCGAUGCGCACAUUUUGAAAUGUCAUUCGGAUCCAUUUCCUGAAUAUUUUCGAUGUCCCUAUUGUAACAGACAUUUCAGAAAUGUGAAAUGGUUAACUAGUCACAUAAUCAAGAAACAUCCCAACAAAUAUUCCACAUCGCCGCUAGAAAAAUUCCUACCACCAGAAACGUCACCAGAAGAUCUUCAGCAAACGAUGAGUAAUCAAGCAGCUGAUGAGCAGAGACCAACGACACCAGUGCCGAAGGAAAAAGGAUGCGCUUUGAGAAUACUUUCACCGUCUACGAUUAAUAGUGCAAUUUCCGCUGUAAUUACAUCUUUGAUACCGCCAAGCCAAUGAUUCAACGCUGCUUAUUUUUUAGCCGGAAAUUUCAGUCACUCGUGUACAAAAAGCGAUUUUUAAUUUAAUUUAUUAUGUUCUUGACGAUUAUUACCAUAGUAUUAUUUAUUAUUUUUAAAGUUCCUUUAAUAUCGUAUGAUCAAUUUAUUCCGAUGUACCUACCGAGUUAUUUGACAUGUUCAUAGUUGUGUGAUCAUUUUUGAAUUCGUGUCUGUUUUCAUUUUCAGUAAUGAAAUUUAUUCUUUUUACACCUAUGUACUUAUUGCUAAUUUUAUUUCAGAACAAUUUAAAAUAAAACUAUUUAGAGAUUCUUAUGUAUUUGUGAGUUUAAAAUGUUCAAUUUCUACAAAUAAAUCGUGAAAAUUUUAUUUAAAAAA